AUGCAGCUGUCGCUCGAAUGCCAACCAGGAUUGCUGGCCGUCAACGAUGGCGCACUGCAGCCCGAGAAUGUUCAGCUCCUCCACUCCUCGCGACCCGAUGAGCCUUUUGAAGAGCUACGCCAACGCUAUGAGAAAGAUGGCUAUCUCUUCCUCAAAGGUCUGAUUCCGCGGGAAGAUGUCUUAAAGGCGCGAAGUGAAUACUUCGCCAUGAUGCAGCCAACAGGGGUUCUGAAAGAGGGUACCCAACCGGUCCAAGGCAUCUUCAAUCCUCUCAAAUCAUGUGAGGAAUUCCCAGGUAUCGGUGCUGGGGCUGCCGGAAAAAACGGUCGGCCAGGAGGUUCGAAAGCCGCACAGUUCGUCGAUAUAGCUAUCGAUGCUCACUACCGAGACUGGUAUGCGGAGGACUUUUGUCGUCACCCAGCCUUGAUCAGCUUUAUUGCUCGAUUCACCGGGUGGGACUCGAAUACGCUGGGUUUGCGACGGUCGCUUCUGCGAAACAACAUUCCCGGAACCAAACCUAUUGGAGUCCACUAUGAUCAAAUCUUCUUGCGCCAUGGCGAGCCGACGAGUGUGACCGCGUGGGUGCCGAUCGGGGAUAUCAAAUUAACUGGUGGCGGCCUCAUCUAUCUACAAAACAGUGAACCCCUUGGUCAGCACAUUGAAGAGGAUUUUACCAGCAAGGCAAAGGCCUCCGGCCUCACGGGUGAAGAAGCCAAGGACGCAUUCAACACAAACAUGAUGACCACUGGCUUGCUGUCAGAAAACCCCCCUCGCCUUUGCACAGGAACAUCAACGGGCUUGAUCCACGCUUCCACCAUCAAUAAUGAUCCCGAUCGAGUCAUUCGCCUAGCUACUGACUUGAGAUUUGUUGACUCGUCGAAGCCAUUUGACACGCGAUGGAACAAGUUCUACGAGGUCGGGGACGGUGUAUAA